GUAAUAAACGUCUUCGAUAUGCAAUUGAAGGGGGAAGUAAUAACACCCAACACAUACAUGUGGUAGUAUAAAUAGAAGAAGCCUCAACAAUCGGUGUUUUAAAUAUUGUUUUGUUGUCAAUUGGUUAGUGACCGCCUUGCCAUGGACUGGACCAACGUUUUGUUUUUGUCGACGUGGCUUUAUCUGGCGAGCGGCGCCCCCCAGGUGGGGCAAACCCCCGGCAAGGAGAUCAAAAUCAUAAGCCAGACCAACGAUAUUUUACCCGACGGUGGCUACGAAUGGAGUUACGAGACGGAAAACGGGAUCAAAGCCCAGGAGACCGGGACUUUGAAGAAGUCCAAGGACCCGGAAAACGGGGAUGCGGUGGUGGCCCAGGGCUCUUACUCCUACACGGAUCCUGAGGGGAACCAAAUCUCCAUAACGUACGUUGCGGACGACGAAGGGGGCUUCCAGCCCCAAGGGGCGCACUUGCCCACGCCGCCCCCCAUUCCGCCCAACAUCCAGAGGGCGCUCGACUGGAUCGCGUCCCAGCCGUCCACCACCGAACGAGCCGGAAGGCGAAAAUAGGCCCCAAAUAACAAUUGUGCAUUGCUGUCGACCUUGGAUAUGAUCAUUAAAUAAGUUUCUGUGAUAAGUUAUGUAAUAAACGAUGUACAUAUUUUGUCGGAUGCAAGGUACAACGGAAAUUUAGCGCGGUGACAGCAAUCCUCGACGGUUAACUGCUUACGAUCUGGUUCUCUGUUUUAUUUAUCUCCUAUGUAUUAUACUAUUUCAGAAAAAUAAAUGCUUUAUUACGUGCAAGACUUGACAA